AUGUCCCUUUUUGCGUUUAGACCAUUACUAAAUAUUUUACCGUAUCGUUUAUUUUCACAAGUAUGUAUAUUACCUCAUGAAAUCGAUCGAUUUAAUGCUGCUCGAGUUCGAAUUCAAGAUUGGCCAAAUGAUACAAAAAUCAUUAGAGAAACACUUUCUACUUCACUUAACCAAUGGCGAAAUGAUAAACGUACAUCUGCUUGGCUUUGGAUUCCAAUUGAACAAGCACAUGUAAUACCAAUUGCUGCUGAAUUAGGAUUUGCUUAUCAUAAUGCUGAAGAAAGAACUGCUGUUUUAAAUCAAUGGUUAUUAACAACAAAAUCUAUGAUACCACGAUUUGCUACUCAUCAAGUUGGAGUAGGUGGUGCUGUUCUUCAUAAUAAAACAAAUGAGUUACUUAUUAUUAAAGAACGUAUUGGAAAUCGAGAAAUUUGGAAAUUACCUGGAGGAUCUACUGACCUUUCGGAAAAUAUUGCUGAUGGCGCCAUACGUGAAGUAUUUGAAGAAACUGGUAUUCACUCGAAAUUUGAAUCAAUUAUUGGAUUUCGUCAAAUACAUCGAUAUCCAGGUGGACAUGGUCGUUCCGAUAUAUAUUUUAUUUGUCGUUUAUCGACUUUAACAGAUACAAUAGACUUUGAUCGAAAUGAAGUACUCGAUUGUAAAUGGAUAAAACUUGAGGAUGCAAUUAAAGAUGAAAAUCCUAUUUUACGACGUGCUGCUAAACAAUUAUUAUUUGGUCUUAAAAAUGGUUUUGAACAAUCAAUUGAUUUUAAAUUAGAACAAAUUCCAUCGAUUGUGACAGGAUUUACUUUUGACUUUUUUACACGUCCAAUAAAUUCAAAUAAAUAA